AUCUUGAAGUUAAUGAAGCAGGACAAAAAAUAAAAAAAAAACAAAAUAAAAUAAAUAAAAUAUUAGAAUUAUUUUAUCAUUGGUUAAGGUUCAUUUCUUGCAGUGCGCCUAUAGAAGCAAAGCAUUAUUUUAUAGCAACAACAUCAAAAAAUUAAUAUUCAUUAUGUAAGAAAUUCCAAACUGUUGGCCAGUCAAUAAUGCAAUUUUAAAAUAUGCAACUUGAAUUUCAUGAUAAUAUUGCCUAUAUUAGUCUCCAUCUCCAUCCAUAGUUUCAUAGUAUAACACAAAAAAAGUGUCGUAGUUUUUACGAAAAAAGAAAAUGGCGAUUUCGCUAUUAGUAGAAGAGAGCGUAACCAAUCAGGAGAUUGCACGUUACUGGAAGCAAAGACGCACGGUCGAGGAUGAACACUUUUACGCAGCUAUCAAGGCUUCAGCUCGUCUUAGGGCGCGCAAUCUAUCUGAUUAUGAGUACCGGAAAUUUCAAGAAUUGUUAGAGGACGACGAGUUUGUAAAGGAGGACGAGAACAAAGAGACAAGGGUGGGAAUUAAGGACUGGUGGACUAAGAGCAAAUAUGCAUACCUAAACGAACCAGCUGCGAUGAAGGUCGAUAACCAGAGACGAAGACGACGAAGAUCCUACACUUAUCUUCCUCAGAAUUUCAUCUGCAAAUUCGGUGUUGUAAUUCCGAGCAAUGGAUAUUAGUUCAAGACAACCUUAUUAUCAAGUUUAAUGAUCUCUUCUAUUCCCCUCUAAAAAUUGUGUUUGCUGAUGUGUGUGUGUGUAUAAAUGUUAUUAUAUGUAUCUCCGUAUAAUAAAUUCCUGACGCAAUUCGCUUCGAUUUGAAAUGUAAAAUAUGAUUGAUGUUGUUCUGUGUAGCUUUAUGAAACAUUGUUCAGAUUG